AUGAAUCAAAGUGUAAUGACAAAUAUGAUAUUGAUCAAUCCCUUGAGCUACUGUGCAAUUGCUAAUGACACAAUUGCUAGUCAUGCAAGCCAAUCAAGAUUUACACUAUCAACAAGUGCAACAGCAGUUGCCAGAUAUAGUCCGACUGCUCCGUCAUCUAGAACCGUAUGA